CAUCUUAACCUUUCUCCCCCUUAUAAUUCUCUUAAACUCCGUUUCUGCUCUUCGAUCAUCGUCUAUAGUCCCUCUCUGCAAUUCAUCUUCUUCCUCCAAGCUCGGGAACUCCAACGGCUGAUUAAUCGGUGGGAAUAGAAAAUGUAUUUUGGUGGAUAUGGAUAUCAUGGAAUGUCAUUCGAGCAGAAAUAUCGAUGUUACCCUGCAUCUUUUAUAGAUAAGCCACAGAUAGAAAGUGGUGGUAAAAUUAUAAUGCCUCCCUCAGCCCUUGACCGCCUAGCUUCUCUUCAUAUUGAUUAUCCCAUGUUGUUCGAACUUAGUAAUCCUGCUGCUCAGCGGGUCUCCCAUUGUGGAGUUCUGGAAUUCAUAGCUGAAGAGGGCAUGAUCUAUAUGCCAUAUUGGAUGAUGGAAAACAUGCUAUUACAAGAGGGAGACACUGUGCAGGUGAAAAAUGUGACUCUUCCGAAGGGAACAUAUGUAAAACUACAGCCCCAUACAACAGACUUCUUGGAUAUUUCAAACCCAAAAGCCAUCUUGGAGACAACACUAAGGAACUUUUCCUGCUUAACCACUGGAGAUAGUAUCAUGGUGGCAUAUAAUAAUAAGAAAUAUUACAUAGAUAUUGUAGAGACAAAGCCUUCUAAUGCUAUAAGUAUCAUUGAGACAGACUGUGAGGUGGAUUUUGCACCUCCUCUUGAUUUCAAAGAACCAGAAAAGCCUGUUGCACCUGUUCCCCUGGGCAAGGCAGCAGCUGAAGUUCAAGAAGCUCCAGUAGAGCCUGAACCAAAGUUCAACCCCUUCUGUGGAGUAGGUAGAAGGUUGGAUGGAAAACCUCAGAAGUAUGAGCCUCCACCAGUUUCAUCCUCGGGGUCCAAAGACAAGCAACCUGUUAACCGUGGUAGUGGGCAGCCUUCUGCAGGGUCUAGUUCACAAAGCUCUUCUCGUCAGUCUCAGGGGAAGCUCGUUUUUGGUUCAAAUGUAAAUCGAUCUCCUAAGGAAACACAAAAGGAAGCUGCAAAAGCCACUAAACAGGAGGAGCCAAAGAAAGAAGAGCCGAAGUUCCAGCCUUUUUCAGGGAAAAAGUACUCUUUGAAGGGAUGAAUGAAUUCUUUGAGAUGGGUGUCUCUGGUCUUAAUCUUGUUCUGCUUCAUUUGUCCUUUUGUGGAUCAGGAAAUACAAAAGAAUUAUAUUUGACUUAGAUCUGUAUCAUCAAAAGACAAUAGGAAGUCUUCCUUUCAAAGUGAAGAAAAAUACAUUUAACUUA